AUGAGGAUAAUAUGUAACGGGACAGUUGAGAACAUCGGGGUCGUCGUUAAAGACGGCGUCCAGUAUGAAGAGUUCGAGCUGGAAGCAUCCAAGAUUAAGAAGCUCAAUACCGGGUUGCUGCAUCAGAGCUCCGUCUCUGGUAUCCAGGUUACUGCAUCAGAGUUCCGUCACUGUAUCCAGGUUGCUGCAUCAGAGUUCCGUCUCUGGUAUCCAGCUGUCUCGCCGCGUCGCAGCGAUGACGGUUUGUCGAUGAAGGAGCGCGUCGUUAGCGAGAAACAAGAGCCGCCGUCGUGCCGGCCGGUGCCAGGAGCUUCUAUGGAGGAGCCUGAAGAGCUGACGAGGGAAGUGCCGCGGCUGAGAAAAAUAGAUCAGUACAUGACACCAGACUGUCCCUGCUGCAGCAUGAGCAAGCGCUACACCAUGAGCGUGCUAGCCAGCAUCGGUUUCCUCAUCUCAUUCGGCAUCCGGUGCAAUAUGGGCGUGGUGGAGAUUCCGUGGACGGACGACGUGAUCGGCGUGGUAGACUCUUCGUUCUUCUGGGGCUACAUCGUCACGCAGAUCCCGGGGGGCCUGAUCGCCUCCCGCUAUCCUGCACACAGAGUGUUUGGCUUGGCGAUUGCUAUCUCCGCUUUCCUGAAUCUUUUCAUCCCCGUGGCGUCGCGCAUGCAUCCUGUGGCGGUGAUCUUCGUCCGCAUCAUGCAAGGCCUUGUGGAGGGUGUUACGUAUCCCGCGUGCCACGGCAUAUGGCGCAACUGGGCACCACCUCUUGAGCGCUCCCGUCUCGCCACGAUGGCGUUUUGUGGCAGUUACGCAGGUGCCGUGUUGGGCAUGCCAGUGUCUGCCUACCUUACAGACUACAUAGGCUGGCCUGCACCCUUCUACUUCUUUGGAAUGGUCGGCUUAGUGUGGCACUUCUUUUGGUAUUGGCUGGCUUUCGAAAAACCAGCCACUCACCCAACCAUCAGUGCCAGGGAGCAUCACUACAUCGAGAAGAGCCUGGGUGAUCAGUCAAAACAAAAAAUUCCAACGUUUGCGACAACUCCUUGGCGAGCUUUUGCAACUUCGACGCCAGUGUGGGCCAUCGUCGUGGCCAACAUUGCUCGGUCAUGGACAUUCUACCUGCUGAUCAUCUCCCAGCCUACGUACUUCAAGGAGGUCUUCCACUACAAUGUUGCCGAGAGCGGCACGCUGUCGGCACUCCCUCACCUGGUGAUGGCCAUCGUGGUGCCCUUCGGUGGCCAACUGGCUGACCACCUCCGCAAGAACGGCAUUCUGUCCACCACCAACGUGCGCAAGAUCUUCAACUGCGGAGGGUUCGGCAUGGAGGCGCUGUUUCUGCUCGGCGUGGCGUACGCGCGGAGCAGCGUGCUCGCCAUCACCUGCCUCACCAUCGCCGUCGGCUUCUCGGGCUUUGCCAUAUCAGGUCACUUCGAAAGACGAGUGGCAGAGGGUGUUUGUGAUCACAUCCAUGAUUCAUUUCAGUCUGCAGACGAGUGGCAGAGGGUGUUUGUGAUCGCAUCCAUGAUUCAUUUCUUCGGCAUUGCUUUCUACGCCGUCUUCGCAUCAGGCGAGCUCCAGCCCUGGGCCGCAGAUGAUGAAGACGUCGAGCCGCCACAGGCAGCGAUCACAUCGGAUUCUGUUGACGCCAACGGCCUAGCGACGUACGGUACAAUGGUCGGGGACGGUCAGUACGUGAGCUACGACCCCGACAUGUCGCAGGGACUUCCUCCUCAAGACGUGCAGCCCCAAGGCAUCUUCCCCCAAGCAGGUCCCUACACCCAGGACUCGUGGGGAGAUCCUCCCCCAGCGCCGAUGGACAGCUAUGGGCAGGACCCGUUGGGUGCCAACCCAAACAACCCAUUCACUGGAGUGGACGCCAGCAAUUAUUCUGCAUCGGGCCAAGCUCCUCCUCAUACGCAGUUUGCUGUGGGUCCUUAUUAA